GCCGUUGAUGACGUCAUCUCAACAUGCUUCUGAACAGAAGGAUCCUCACUAGAAUUUUUGCAUCACUUCAAACGCAGAUAAAUCUAAAACCUGCAUCUGUACAUCAGAGCUUCUCACCUGCUAAGUUGCUCCAUUCUGGAGUUGCUGCUAAGAUCGUAAUGGAGCCCAAACUGUACCAACCCCCUGUAGAGGUCCGAGGCAUGACCUCCCUGAACAAAGAUGCUUUCACACAGAUUAUUACAGUCCCAGCUCUACGGGUUCCCAUCGGGGUUUUACAUAAAGUGUUGAAGAGCCUGAAAAAGUCCAUCAUCAAGCGACCAAACUUAUUCAAAGUGGUUCAAGACAACGAGGGGAGUGAUGACUUUCGGUUGGUGCUGCUGGAUCCUCACAGUGUGUCCUCAGCAAGCUCCUUCAGUGAGGCUGAAGCAGAGAUGCUCAGGUCGUUUAGUGUUGCUGCGGAGCUGCAGAACUAUGAGCUGAAGCUGACCUAUGACCAACUGAAGAGCGAUGAAGUGCUGGAAGCGGUGCUCCCUCAGGGUCAGGUGGUGACCUCAGGGUUCAGUCGGGUGGGGCACAUCGCACACCUCAACCUGAGAGACCACCAGCUCCCUUACAAGAACGUCAUAGGUCAAGUAAUUAUGGAUAAAAAUCCCGGUGUCACCUGUGUGGUGAAUAAGACAAACAUAAUCGACUCAACCUACCGGAACUUCAAGAUGGAGUUGCUGGCUGGAGAAGAAAACAUGGUUGUCAAAGUGAAAGAAAACGGGGUGGCAUACGAAUUUGAUUUUUCUCGUGUUUACUGGAACCCUCGGCUGAGUACAGAGCACCAGCGAGUGGUGCAGCUCGUUAAACGAGGUGACACAGUUUUUGAUGUGUUUGCUGGCGUUGGACCUUUUGCCAUCCCAGCUGCUCGAUUAGGCGCCAAAGUUUUGGCCAACGACCUCAACCCUGAGUCUUACAAAUGGCUGCAGCACAACUGCAAACUCAACAAGGUGGAGAGCAAAGUCCGAACCUUUAAUAUGGACGGCAGAGCCUUCAUCCAAGGACCUUUUAAAGAGGAGUUGCGCUCUCUGAUGAAAGGAGAAGGUGGUAUUCAUGUAGUGAUGAACCUGCCUGCGCUGGCUCUGGAGUUUCUGGAUGCCUUCAGAGGCCUUUUGCAGCUGGAAACAACCUCUGAGCUCAACCUCCCCACAGUGUACUGCUAUGCUUUCUCUAAAGAAGAAAACCCUGAGGCGGACGUGGUGGAGAGGGCUUCCCGUAACCUCGGUUUCCCUCUGGAGAACAAGUGCUCUGUGCAUUUUGUGCGCAAUGUAGCACCCAACAAAGACAUGCUGUGUGUACGAUUCCCAAUCCCUAAAGAGGUUCUUUUCUGCAGCGAUGAAAGCAGCACAGAGCCAUCAGAGGAACCAGCCCUGAAGAGACUGAAGUGUGAUGAAUCAACAAAAUAA